CUGGAGUAUAACUCAUCGUAUCGUGAAAAGCAAGAAAGUCUGAAUGACUAUCUGACUGGCCGGAUAUCCCCCAUAAUCAACUUACCAAGUUUUCCGAGACCAAGGCUUCGAGUUUAAAGAAAAAGGCAAAAACAUCGCACCAAUGAAAAUGAUGAUUUUGAGACGAAGGAGGAGAAUCUGUCUACUGGCGUUUGCAAUCCUUUUCGUGGUUUAUCUGCGUGUCAAGAUCCAACACAAGACAACUAUAAUCAAAGCCUUUCAAAGUAUUCAGAUCUAUUCGGACUACCUUCCUUGUGACUGGAGAGUCCACAACAUACCCCGUGUCAUGCGCAGUCGCGCUGUCCUGGAGUGUACCUUUACUUCCGCCCGGAUUUAUUACGAGGAGGUGCCAUUCAAUACUAAACCUGCGGUGGCGACACUGGAGUCUCACGAUCCCUGUCUGGCUCACCUGGCGAAGUCCACGUGGUGCAAUGACCCGGGGAUGCGCGUGCCCCGCCUCGUGCACUACGUGUGGUUCACACGACACACCCUGCCCCUGUACACGUUUGUCAGCGUGCUGAGUGCUGUUCACCACAUCAGACCCUGCCUGGUGCUGUUUCACGGCGACCACCUCCCCGAGGGCCCCUACUGGCACGCGCUGCUGCAGCUGGUGCCCAACAUCGUGCACGUCCGAUCCGAGAAGCCGAGCGAGAUCUUUGGUCACGUGAUCAAUGUUGUAGAACACAGCGCGGAUGUAAAGAGACUUCAAGUUCUACUGGAAUAUGGCGGGGUUUACCUUGAUGCGGAUUCCGUGGUUCUCAAAUCCCUGGACCACACACGAAUCUAUCCCGUCGUCAUGGGAACAGAAGUUAUUGGCUGGAGCUUCUGUAAUGGCAUGAUGCUGAGCGAGAAGAACUCCACUUUCCUACAACUGUGGUUAGCCACGUACGUGGAUUUUGACGAUUCCCAGUGGGCUCAACACUCUACUCGGGUUCCAUACCUGCUGUACCUUCAGAAACCCGAUCUUGUGCACGUCAUUGACUCCUUCUUCAGACCGAACUACAUAGACAUCGGCAAGUUUUAUCGGAUCGGUGAGAUAUACCAGUGGGACGACUUGCUGGCCCUGUACCUGUACGUGAGGUUCCACCUGAAGUUCUUUGCCGAGGGUCAAAGUGCCAUUCACAAAAACUGCACGAUGGGAGAAAUCCUGCGAUAUUCCCUGUACGGUGCUAGUGAUGCUUGUCAGCUGACCACACUGAUAAAUUGA